GCGAUCUUGGGGGUCGAUAAAAAAUACCUUACAGGAAAGUAUAAAUGUAGGAAGUAGAGGCAACCGGUGCGGCAGUCGGUCGCAGUGCGUGGGGAUGGAGCUGGUAAUAGUGAAGGCCAGAGCCCAACUGAAUCGUCUCCUGUGGGCGGGUGAGAAACGCGCGGUCGUGCGCGAGGGUGUGCGCGGGGAGCGCGGGGUGGCCGGCGGCCGCGCGCGGGCGGGGCGCGAGCGCAGCAUGGCCGCCGCGCCCGCGCCGGCGUCCGCCGCGCCCUGGCUCAACGCCACGCUGGCCUACAACGCGACGCGCCCCAACGACACCGACUAUGAACUGCUAAACGCCGCCGCCGACGACCGCGACGACCACUGGUUCUGUGCCAAGUGGACCAGCGCACAGCAGGACCUAUUUCAGGCAGCGAAUUUGUGCUUCGCGCUGGCGUUCUUUGUGCCGAAGCACUUCAAGCAAAGCAUUCUGGUGCUGCGCGCGUUGGCGGCAGCGGGCGCAGUGCUAAUGGCUAUGUGGGCGGGCGCCGAGGUGUGCGCUCCCGACAUUCUCGCCUGGAGCCUCGCUGUACUCCUCGUGAACUCGGUGCACUCGGUCUUCUUAAUUGUAAGAUUUCUUCCGCCGGCGCUGUCGCUGGAGCUGACGGACCUGUACCUGAAGCUGUUCAAGCCACUGAAGGUGAACAAGAAGCACUUUCAGGAACUAACGCGCGAGGCGAGGCUCGUGCGGUUCGAGGCGGGCGAGGCCUACGCGCUGGAAGACGUCACGCCCGCCGAUGAAAGGCUCUCUAUACUCCUAAAGGGAAAAAUGCGGGUGAGCUGUGACGAGACGCACUUACACUACAUACAGCCAUAUCAGUUCGUGGACUCGCCGGAGUGGGAGGCCAACCGGGAACAGUCUGACGAUGUCUUCCAGGUGACUGUGGUGGCGGAGGAGGUAAGCACGUGUGUGUGCUGGCCGCGCAUGCGCCUCGAGCGCGUGCUGCGACACCGCCCGGCACUAAAGGUCGUGCUCGACUGUCUCAUAGGGAAAGACAUAACCCACAAGCUGUACUCAGUAAGCGAGGGCCUGGGCAUCGCGGGCGCGGGGGAGAGCGAGGGCGUACCCCCGCACCUGACGCGCUCGGCCAGCGUGGACGCCGUGCACGAGGGCGCCCGUGGCCGACUGCGCAGCCUCGCCUGGCGGGCCAGGACUGCCGCGCCCAAAGGUGAUAUUCCAGGGAGCUCGUAUUGGCAGCCAGUGGUGGCGCGUCAGUUCCUGCGACAGUCGCCGUUUGGGCGCGCCAUGCUGCCGCCGAGGCUGGUGGCGCAGGCGUCGUCGGCUAGUCUACAACCGCCCCCAGCCAGCCAGCAGCCAGCCGCAAGCCGCAGACGCGAGGUCAAGUUUGCGGAGACGCCAAGCGCGGCGGAGCCGGCCGUGUGA